CUUACAGCGUCGAGACGACAGUGAAAACUGCCAUGUUGCUAAGCGGCGCACGUCCCUGAUUCAUAGAAUGGUCGGCACAUCGAGAUCGCAUCGUGGACACUUUAUUAUUAUCGGUACCCAGGAUAGAACAACGAUGAAACUUAGCCGGCUGUUGCUGUGAGGAGACCAUUCAUCCUGAGCUGUAAGCCCCUCGCCUCAUAAGAGACUACGAACAAAGUCAGACCACAACUGUGCCAUGUGGCUGUUAGAGUCCAUAUGUGGUUUUACAGCUCAUCUGUGGUAGCCGUAGUUGCUUGGUCGCUGGAGCAAUCUUAAGAAAAUUGAAUCAAGUUGUUACGUUGCCAGCCUGGGCAUGUGUAAUGCUGAUGUCCCACAGAUGGUCGUUCGUUGGGCGGUGUUGGAAGGGGGGAGGGAGGAUGUCCCUUAGCAACAGCGACCCGUUCUACUUGCUGGAGGAGUGCCCCCCGGUGCUGAACGCGAGCUGUGUGCUGGACGAAAACUGCACUUGCUGGAACUUCUCGGAUCCAGGCCUGGACGGCGUCGUAACCCUGAAGGAUGAAACCGAAUACGUCCCAUACAACAAGAGGCCGGAAACGUACAUCGUGCCAAUCGUGUUUGCUCUCAUCUUCUUCGUCGGUGUCGUCGGUAACGGCACCCUGGUACUCAUCUUUAUACGUCACCGCAAGAUGAGGAACGUCCCCAACACGUACAUAUUCAGCCUGGCUCUAGGAGACCUUCUAGUCAUUGUGACCUGCGUCCCAUUUAUAUCUACUUUGUACACACUGGAAUCAUGGCCGUACGGCGAAGUGAUUUGUAAGGUGUCGGAAAGCGCCAAGGACGUGUCCAUUGGUGUGUCAGUGUUCACACUGACGGCGCUGAGUGCAGAGAGGUAUUAUGCCAUUGUGAACCCGAUCCGCCGCCACGUGGCGGGCAGGGUUUCGACCAAGCCUGUCACCCAGUUCACGACGAUCGGCGUUUGGGCCCUCGCUGUACUUCUGGCAGUGCCGGCCGCCGUCUUUUCGUACGUGCCCGAGAUUUCGCUCAACACCAACAAGACUAUCAAGAUUUGCCAUCCGUAUCCGGAAGAACUGGGCAAAGUUUACGUUCAGACAAUGGUCAUGGUGAAGUUUCUGUCGUACUACGCCAUUCCACUGAUCAUUAUCGCAUGUUUCUACAUAAUGAUGGCUCAUCAUCUUAUCCUGAGCGCCAAGAACAUGCCAGGAGAGAUGCAAGGCCUGUCAUCACAAAUUCGAGCGAGGAAGAAAGUUUCAAAAAUGGUGUUAGCCUUCGUAAUAAUAUUUAUUCUGUGCUUCCUACCAUAUCACAUAUUUAAUUUGUGGUUUAAUUUUAACCCUAAAUCAGAGGAAGAUUAUAAUGACUUCUGGAACGUAUUUAGGAUCAUCGGAUUCUGCCUCAGCUUCAUAAACUCCUGCAUUAAUCCCAUAACAUUAUAUUGUAUCAGUGGGAAAUUUCGAAAACAUUUCAACAGGUAUUUAUUUAGGUCUUGCACCAAGGGACGACAUACUUUGAGUCUACGUGGAAAUAGUGGAACUAUGUGUGAAACGUCUUCACAUACUCUCGUACAUUUCAACAGUACAAUGCGGAAACAGUGUCAGCCCAAAGAUAAUAUUUCUGUUACAACAACACAUACAGCGCUGUUUAAUUUAGACAAAAAUUAAAAAUGAGCUCAAGGGAUUUCAGGGGUUAAAAAGGUGUCAGCUGUGACUUUCUCGUGAUAACACGUAUCAAACCAAAAUGGGAAAAUCUGCCCUUAAACAUCGAGGAAUCACCUCAGUAUCCCUCCGAGAUGAUGAAAAACCGAAAGUUUUAAAAUUAAAAUCUUGUUGUAAAGUUUCGUUUUAAGGGGCUCGGAAUUUCUCUCGAGAAUGUGAGAGUCUCCGAGAACUGGGAGCGGAUUUUGUCUUGAAGUUAAUCUUUGAUAUUAUUACAUAUUCAGAAAAAAAUAGUUGACUUGUGAGAUUUUAAGUUUUUAUGGCGUCGGAGGAACCUGUCGCUUCCGUCUUCAGGGAUCCUGAAGAUGGGGGGCGAUAUGUUCCUUCGAAAUAUCAACCGCCGUGAAUACCCCAUUUGUCGUACAUACGUACAAUUUUUUUAACUAUUGAUUAUCAAUCUUGAUUCGCAUCAUGGAGGUCCCAAGUUUAAAUUUUAUUCAGGAAACUGGCUACCCUGAGGGGUUCCUUGGUGUUCAUCACACCCACCAGAAAAUUCCUGGGUAAUAUUCCCGUGUGUCUAAGACUCUCUUAUACAGGGAAUACAUUCGCCAGACGCCGAGAUCACAAAAUUACGGUGUCUUCAGAGCCUAAAUAAAAUACAAGCUGACAACAGGAGAACAGUAAUUUCUGUGCCUGGUUGGACCCUUUCCGAGCUCUUAUCUGUACAGAACGUGUUAUUUUGUAACAGUCUGUUCAACGUCGACAACUUUCAAAAGGAAGAUUAAUCUUCCCUCAUAUUAACACUUACAGUGUAUAGUUAAUAUUGUGACACAGUUCGUCAACGUGACGUAUGUCUAUACGUCAUGUUCAGAGUAUUUUAUGACGGAAAUGACGUAACUAUGACGUAAGCGCCACGCUGGCAGUCGUAAAGACCAAUGAAGAAACGAGGUAUGUAUUUAAACGUAUUAUUACUGAAGUCAUCGGAAAUGUUAUUAGUGAUUUGUAAGGUUAUGUUUUGCUGUACAUGUAACUUGUGGACGAAACAAGUAACUAGUGCAGAAGUUUGUAGAAAAAUCUCUUAUGAAGUGGCCAUUUGGAGACUGAUAAUGCGUAAACAAAUGUGUAUUUGUAAUAUAUUUUGGAUUGAGGUGGCUCAGGUUCUGGUACAGUGGCUAGAAUUUUCUCCAAUAUCAGGAAUUAUUUUUAAUAUUAUCUUUAUCGUUAUCACCACCACCAUCAUCAAACAGUGAAAGCUACUAAAACAAGCAUUUUUGUUGCAACUCUUAUUUCUAGAACAGGAGAAAGCAGCACGUGUCUUAUUUGUUCACAACAUUCGCCUUAAUCCAAAUUUUAACAGUGAUCUCAUAAAGAAACGUCAGCUUGCCACUGCCCUAUCACGAGUCACGUGUUGGGAGCUACGUAUGUGUUGUGUCUCAAGCAGCCAUUGAAUGAAAUUAUAUAAUGACGACGUAUCUCAUUGUUACGUCAUCAAAACUUGUCGUUUAAUGUUUAUAAGCUCACAAUUCUGGGGAAUUCUCCCCAGUUUGUCUGUAAAAGACACACAGGGUAAUAGAUUUAAUAUAAUUCGAUCAGUUUGCAGUGCGCAUGCGCAGGACUAUUCAGUCCUGCGCAUGCGCUAGAUUUUAACGGUCCUCAUGCUUCUAGUUAUAGCGAGUUCGAUGUAAUUUUUUUUAAUUACAACAGUAAUUAUAUAUGGUUGUAAAUAAUUGUAGUAGUAUAACAUGUAAGACAUAAGUGUUCCAUAUCAAUUUAUAGGAAAAUACCACGUAAUUAAUGACUGGUGUAUCGAGUGUCGGAUUUUAGUUUUUACAGCGAUUUGAAUUAAUUUCCUGUCUUCUGAAUUGAUAUACUCCUAAGAUGUAGCAGCUCGUUCUGUAAAAUGUUGUUAGACAACCAGAAUGGUGGAUGGCGUAACAACCCAGAAGAUCACGAGGUGACGAAACUGGAUUUUAAUAUGAUCAGGUCAGAUAUUUAAUGAUUAAACCGUGUUGUCUAUAUAAUUUUACUUUUACGAACUGCGUAAUGAUCAAUAAUCGAACUGCAUUCGAUUGAUGUUAACGUUUAUAAGGAUGUACUGACAUCAGUUGCAAUAUGACAGACAGAUAAAACUGAAUGUUGUUACUGUCAUUUUAAUAUUGUUUGAGCGAUGAAGGCAGCGAGUAUGGCAGAGGUUGGCGUAAAACGAGUAACUACGGUAACAAUAGAUAUAUGUAGGUAUAAGAAGAACUUAAUCUGAAUGUGGAAUAAGGUUGUUAACAGCUGACUUUCCGUGUUGAAUGUAACAUGCAUGAACUGAUAUUAUGAUCAUGACGAAAAUAUGUAAAAAGAACAGUAAACUCCAGUAAUCGGUUUCGAAAAUCUAUUAAUUUUAAGGAGUUUAAAAUAAUCUUCUCAGUACCUCUGUAAAUAAAUGUUGGAUAUAUUCUGAUCUGUGGAUAAUUUUUGUUUUUUGAGGGUCUAUCAUUGGAUACGUAAUCUAUGAAUAAAUUUCACUUGCGUUGUUUCUACAAAGU